GAGGCGAGGCCAACAUGGCCGAUGUUUCGCCGCAGGAGAGAGCCAGGUUAGUCAGUGAGACCCGGCGGCGGUUUGAGGCGGAGUAUUUGUCAGAUAAGCCUGAUAAGUAUGAUCUCCGAGAUGUUGAAAAAUUACAACAAGAUGAUUCCUGGGUCGAAAGUUACUUAAUUUGGAGACACAAUGUUGUGGAUGAUACAUUGAAAAUGAUUGAUGAAAGUUUUCAGUGGAGGAAAGAAUUCAUGAUCAAUGACAUGAGUGAAUCCACUCUUCCCAAAUGGGUCUUUGAAACUGGUGCUGUGUAUCUCCAUGGCUAUGACAAGGAGGGUAACAAGCUGUUCUGGUUCAGGGUGAAAUUCCAUAUAAAAGAUAAUAAAACACUUCUGGACAAAAAGAAGCUUAUAGCCUUCUGGUUAGAGCGGUACGCCAGAAGGGAGCCUGGAAAGCCCCUAACAGUGAUGUUCGACAUGGCAGAAACCGGACUAAGUAACAUAGACAUGGACAUCGUUCGGUUUGUCAUCAACUGCUUUAAGAUUUAUUAUCCUAAAUACCUCACUAAAAUAGUGGUCUUUGACAUGCCAUGGAUCAUGAAUGCUGCUUUUAAAAUUAUAAAAGGUUGGCUUGGCCCAGAUGCAAUAAACAUGUUGAAGUUCACAAGUAAGAAUGAAGUGCAAGAGUAUGUCAGUAUGGAAUACCUCCCCUCACAUAUGGGUGGAACUGAUCCUUUCAAGUAUAGUUAUCCUCCACUGGUAGAUGAUGACUUUCAGACUCCACUGUGUGAAAACGGGCCUAUUACCAGCGAGGAUGAAACUGAAAGUAAAGAGGAUAUAGAUACAGAUGGUAAAGAAACUGGAGAACCAAAUUCCAAUGAAGAACAACUCCCUGGCCCCAAAAAGAUAAGCUUGGCAGACUCAAUUUCCAAACCAGAAGAACCAAUUUCCAAACCAGAAGACUCAAUUUCCAAACCUGAAGAGUGCGACAAAGGAGAGUCAAAAACAAAAUCAGUGAAGAAACCAUUAAGCGUAUUUAAAGGACUUUUAUUGCACAUCAGCCCUGCGGAAGAAUUGUAUUUUGGAUCUAAAGAAAUUGGAGAGAAAAAAUGCUUAAUAGUGCUCACAAAUGUAGCUAAAAAUACAGUGGCAUUUAAGGUGAGAACAACUGCUCCAGAUAAAUAUAGAGUUAAACCAAGCAACAGUAGCUGUGAGCCUGGCACAUCAUUAGAUAUAGUGGUGUCUCUUCAUGGGGGCUUCAUGGUUUCCCCCCAAGACCGUUUCCUGAUAAUGGCUGCUGAAAUGGAGCAGCAGCUUUCUGGCACAGGGGCAGCUGAACUGGCCCAAUUCUGGAAAGAUGUGCCCCGUACCAAAGUCAUGGAGCACAGGUUAAGAUGCCAUGUUCUCGAAAGCAGCAAACCUUCUAGUCUCUCAUUAAAAGAAAACGCUUUCAAUGUUCCAACGAAGACGAAUGAGGAUUUAUACUCACAGUUUUAACAACUCCAGACGUGAAACUGACUGACCUCCACCUUAAGUACCUUUUUCUCCCACUCCAUUUUAUGUGCACAGUCAUUUUUCAUGCAUGCUGAGUUCUUGGCUUUAGAUGCUUUAAUAUAAUGGAGAAAAUUGCUCAGUGUGGACAUGUGUUCCUUUGCUAAAAACUGAGGAAAAAUUUGGGCAGGUUGGAAAAUUGCUUUGAUCUAACAGUAUCUCUUUGGUGUUUUUUCGUGAGAUAAUACUGCCUAACAAAAUCAUAACGGCUUGAAGUUUUGAGCAGUCUUUCCUUCUUAAACUCAGUAACAUAAGCUGUUAACAAUGUGACUUUUGUGACUAAUGCAGAAUUGCUGAAAAUUUACCAUAAAUAUCGAAGAUAUUGACAGCCUAACCUUUACGCUUGUCCUGAUUUAUUCUGUAUGAAUUCAUAUUUUCACUCAGUGUCUCAUUUGAACAGUCGUUUUUAGUAGUCCACAGCUCAUCUCAUACUUCUGAAUUCAUAAUGUCAUUUGUUUACAUAUGAAUUACUGAGAACCAAAUGUAGAUCCUCUUUCAAUUCUCAUGGUGGAUUAUAUAAAGUUUCUGUUAAAUUGAAAGUCACCUAAUCGUUAGAGAGUAUCCUAGAAAUUGUGGUGAAUCUAGCUUCAAAUUUCUUAAUACACCAUUGUAACUAUUUUGAAAUUCUUGCCUCUAAUUUUCAAUAGAUUUAAUAGCACUUUAUUGUACAACUGCCAGAAAUAUAUUUAGAAUUGUUACCAGUAAAAUUAUUCUAACACUCUGGUGCUUUCAUAUAAUUUCAGUAUUUUUAUUACUAUAUUGGUAUUUUCUUUGUAUAACUGAUCAAAGGACAU